UUGACCUCGAUCGAUUAUUUUUGUGAACAUGUGGUGAGGUUAUUUCGAGUUUCUUGAAGUGCUCGCGGAGAGAGAAAUCGAAAUUUUCUCUGUGCAAAACACGACUACAGUGACUACACGACUCCAGUUACCAAUGCUAGUACUGCUGGUGCGUGAUUGUGCGCUAGUGUGCUAGUCAACCAUAGUCAACUGGUGCAAUUUUAGCGGACUGCGCGGGAAUGGCAUGACGGUGACGCAGUCAUAAGUGGUCAUAAGAGCAAAUAAGUAAACAGAUAUUAGCCGAAUAACUGUGAUGACUGAUUUAUUUGACAUCGCAAACCUAAUCACGGCCGUCGGUGUUGACGGCGUGAAGAUUAAACAGGAACCUGGGCUUCCGGAGAAGUCGUCUAACGAGAUUCUGACAGAGCUCUUCAGUACCUUUGACACACCGGACGACGGCGUCACGUCGCCGUUAAAUAGCGUCCAGCAGGUGUCGAAUGGCGACGCUGACAAAACCGAUAAGGUCUUGUCGGAUGAACUUCAAACGAAGAAGAAGAAAAUCAAGAAGAAACAUAAACACAAAGAGAAAAAACACAAGAAGAAAUCGAAACACGAUUCCUCGGAUAAUAGCGAUGCAGACGGUAUCAAAAGAAAGAAGAAACACAAGAAGAAAUCCAAGCGAAGACAUGAAUCUGUUUCUAGUAGGUCAUCCGACUUGGGUCAUGGUAAGACCAAAAUAGCAAAGAUGGAUGAAGAUAAUGAUUGUGGAGACACCAAAUAUGACGAUGCAAAAUCAUACCUUGAGGUGUCAGAAAAAAUUAAUAUGAAUGACGAGGAAAAGCCAGAUGAUAUCCAUGAUCUAAAGAAGAAUUCAGAUACUACAGACAAACUCUUGGAUAAUCCUGGUAGUCCUCAAUUAUCACCUAUAUCAAAAAAGGAUGAUGAAUCUGAUGAGCCAAUAAUACCUAAACUGCUUGAAAAAUCAAAGCAGUCUCCUCAAGGAAAAAUAUUGAUAAAAGAUCUCAAAAAUAGUACUGUUUAUAAUGAAACGGUAAAAGCGAUAGAAAAUAAGCAAAAGGCGAAAGCUGCAGGAAUGGAAGAUGGUGAGCUAUCUGACAGCAGCAGUGAGGAUAAUAAUAAUAGGACACCUACUUUGAGUCCUACCCCGCCUCGAAAUCGAUCGUCAUCGUUCAGCCCAAGUAGAGAUAAAAUAAGAAAUAAAAUGUUCAGUCCAACAAGGGGCUCGGUGACUUCUAAGACUGAUCUUAGAUUAGUUUUGAAAGAGAAGGAAAGAAAAAGAAGCACAAAAGAUAAAGACAAUCAUUCACAAGAUAGAAGGUCAAGAUCGCGAACGCGAUAUAGCUCACGUAGCAGUAGGAGUGAUAGAAGAGAAAAACAGAGGAGCAGGAGCAGAGAAAGGCGCGAAAGGAAUAGGAGCAGUGAAAGAAGAGACUGUGGCAGAAGCAGAGAAAGAUACAGAUAUAGAAACCACAAUGAAAAUAAAGACAAAUAUACACGAGGUCGAAGUAUGAGCAGAGAAAGAAAGGAAAGAAUAGAGAUUAACAAGAAGAAACUUUUAGAAAUAGCAAGAAAAAAUGUUAUAAGUAUGAUAAAACAAGGAACUCUUUCAGUAGCUCAACAAGAUAAAGCUAUUGCUGCUAUACAAACCGGUGGGAAAACAGUGGAUGAACUUACAGAUUUUUGUAAAUCAUUAUCCAAGUCUGAAGCAUUAGGCGAAUUAUCUAGUAUCUCUUCUGAAGGAGAAGAAAGUGAAUCUGAGAAAGGAUUUCAUCAUCCUUUUCUUUUAAAAGAAAGACCCAGUUCUAUUAUAAUGAAUAUUAAGGAUGCAAAACAGUUACCAACAAAAACGUUCCAAGAAAAAACAGCUGAAACAUCAAAUCAGUUGAGAUUGCAGUUUCCUGUUUCCAGUGGACAACAUCAUAGAAGAAGCGAAAACGAAUGGGUACCUGUUACGCCAAAGAAACCAGAACCAAAAAAGAUAUUUGUACCAGCUUCUACAAAUGCAUUAUCAAUUAUAAUGCCACCACCUCCUGUGCAACCCGUGCAACCUGUGCAACCUGUACAACCGGUGCAAACUGUUUUCCCAACAACAACGGAGACUAUGGAUAUUGGGUCUAUAGUAUCUGAGAGAUUAGCAGCUAUAAGAAAAUUAAGGGAAAAUCCAAAUGAUGUAAGCGCUUUGAAUGCAAUGCAACGGGCACAAAAUGAGAUGAGAACGUGGGCUGAAAGUAAGCAGAUACCAGGUCAGUUUACUGGUAGUACAGGAGUUAAAGUACUUACACCUGCAGAAUUGUCUUCAGGUUAUCAAGCCUGGGCACGUAAGGACCAAUUAGUAUCGGCACAGCCUCUGUCAGGUGGGAUGGGUAUGGCGUUAUUGCAGAAGAUGGGUUGGCGUCCUGGUGAGGGCCUUGGCAAGAAUAAAGAAGGGGCCUUGGAACCGUUGCAACUAGAGGUAAAAUUAGACAAGAAAGGACUCAUUUCUGAACAAGAUAUCGUGCAAAAAGUCGGCAAAACUGUAAAGCCUAUGGUGCCAAUGAUCAAAACGUUGGAAGGCAAACAUCCAGUGUCGCUUUUAGGAGAAUAUUGCACAAAGAAGAAACUUGGAGCACCAGUUUACGAGUUAUGCUUUGAAUCUGGACCAGAUCACAGGAAGAAUUUUCUCUUCAAAGUAAAAGUAAAUGGCAUUGAAUAUAAGCCGAGUGUUGCGAGUUCAAACAAAAAACAGGCAAAGGCAGAAGCAGCGCAAAUAUGUCUACAGAACUUAGGCUUACUGCCUUCUUAAUUGCGUGCACCGAUAUAAUCGCACAAGGAGCUUAUUAAUUAUUGCUGUCUCACAUAACUCUUCAAUUUAUCACAGAAAAAUAAAAAAUGUGGUGCCAUAUAAGUGACUAAUUUGUGAAGAUAUGUUAACGGUGUCGCGAAAAGUUAAGUGACCGAUAUAUUGCCAAAUUCUUAUAAUCAUCCAUUAAAGUUAACUUAAACUGGUGCAAUGGAAUACAUAACAAGAUGUACACACAACUAUAGAUCUAUUCGCGUUAUUCGCACUUUUUACUCGGCAUCUUUGUUUUCUCUCUUUUCAAAGCAAAAUAUAUAUCUAUCUCAUUUUAAGUGCAAAAAUAUUUGGGGAU